CCGAAAGCGUCGAUUCCGUUAGCGGGAAAGUAUCGCCGCGAGGGGUGCGUUUCGAAAAGGCACUUUGCCGCUCCAGGAGUGGCUGGACGGCUCGGUGGAGGGGAUAUUAUAGCGAGAGAGAAACCGAGAGGGUGAGAAUAGAAGAGAGGCAACGGGGAGGCAUGAGAUAAGCAGGCAAGAGAGAGAUUGAGAGGAAGAGAGAAAGAGAUAGAGAGAGGGGGGUCAGGUAGAUAAAGAGGGUCGCGGGAGUGAGGGAGAGGACGGUCCGGAGGGAUGGAGACCGUGAGAGCGUGAGAGGGUAGCGAUUGUGCUACAGUCGCACCGCGACACCCCCACGAGCGAAACCGCGCGCGGCAGCCCGCACUCUCGUGUAUAGAGCUGUGUACGUGUAUAUCGCGAAAACGAGUCCGCGAACAGUGCUAUGCUUUUGAGGCCGCGAUCUGUAAGGUGUCCUUCGUCCUCGUCGUCGUUGGUCUUAUCCUCCUUCUUUUCCUUCAAGUGGGCGCACCAGUUCGCGAGAGCCGUCCAGCACAUCGUAGCGCAGCGCUUUUAAUGGGAUCAACAUCGUGUAGAAGACUACAACUUCACUGUUGCGCAUCGUGCUGAUCAGCAUGAGCAGAAAAGAGUUCUAGCGACAAGCGAGACGCGAAACUCAGAACGCAUGCCUAAAUCAGCGGGAAGCGGAUAACUUGCUAGUAAGCGGCUAACGGGUCACUUCUAGGGGAUAAUAGAUCGCCGACUGGUGUCCCAAAGAUUCAUCAGAAAACUGAUCGACGCUCAUGGCAGCGCGGAAACUCGCAGCCCUCUUUGCCGCGGUCCUGCAAUUUUGCUUAUGUCAAAUCACCCCGGAAGUUUUGCCCGAGUUCUUAGCUCCUUUGGAAAAUCACACCGUGAUACAAGGUCGUGACGUCUUCUUCACCUGCGUCGUUAAUCAUCUGCAAUCGUACAAGAUAGCCUGGAUAAAAUCCGAUUCCCGAGCGAUACUGGCGAUACACACACACUUGGUGGCACACAAUAAUCGAUUAUCCGUGACGCACAACGGACACAACACGUGGAAACUGCACGUGUCGAAUGUCCAGAAGAACGAUUCCGGUACUUACAUGUGUCAAAUCAACACCGAUCCCAUGCGCAGUCAGAUGGGUUACAUGGAAGUAAUGGUACCACCCGACAUAAUAGACGAUGAGACUGCAAAUGGUAUGGUCACUCUCGAAGGAGGCAAUAUAAGAUUGCGAUGCAUCGCUACUGGUGUGCCAGAACCUACUGUCAGUUGGAAACGAGAGGACGGUCGCAACAUCAUUCUCAGAGAAGAUGGACAGAAACAAUCUGUGAAAACCUUUGUUGGCGAGACACUGGAAUUAACGGGGGUGCUUCGGCAAGAGAUGGGCUCGUAUCUGUGUAUAGCCAGUAACAACGUACCACCAACGGUCAGCAAGCGUUAUUCCGUUGAUGUUCACUUUAAACCUGCUAUUAAAGUGACGAAUCAAUUGGUGGCUGCACCGAUUUAUAGUGAUGUUGUCUUGCAAUGUUACGUCGAAGCAUCACCACACGCUAUGAAUACUUGGUACAGAGAAGGAGGCGAGAAGCUGCUGCGCAAUGACAAAUACACAAUGUCGGAGUACGCGUUGAGCGACUACUCCCGGCAAAUGAAUCUCACUGUCAAUUCUCUGGAAAAACGGGACUUCGGCGGGUACGUGUGCUCGUCCGUCAACGCGCUCGGCAGGGCUGACGGUUCAGUACGAUUGCAAGAGCUGCAGUUGUUCGCGAAGACGACACCGACGAUUCCUAAGAAUAUAGAUAAGUCGCGUAAGAAGAUAUUGCCGAAGGGCAAGAAGAAGAGCAACAAUAGCAACGACAGACGAGGACACACGGGCGACUUUGGCGAGGCCGAUUCCAUCGGCAGCGAGGAUGAUUUUGGCACCACGCAGAUCAUGGUCGGCAGUACUCUCCAGGAGGGCCAGAGGACUGACAGGCCCUUCAUCGCACCUUCCUUGCCGCCACCUUGGAUCGAUUCGAACGCCGCAAAUUUUAGGCAUCCCUCGGUGUCCGCGAUUCUGCUUCUGCUUCUUCUGCCGACUACUCUGUAAGAUGGCAUCGGUGUCAGGGAUAAAGGAUUACAUUAGAACUGACGCUUAUGAAGAUCCACGAGCUGAUUCGGGAUCUCGAAAAUCGGUAAAUUUAGAAGACUUUGAUUUUUCGAUGCAGGUAAAAAAAUUAACAUUUUAGAAGUUAACGUUGACAGAUCUUUGCUUGUUGAAGACUUAAAUACUUUUAUAUGUAUUAAGAU